CGUAACGGACAUACCGUUGCCUCAGCUAGCCUCACAAGAAACCACCAAACCCCCCUCUCUCUCUCUCUCCCUCCCUCCCUCCUCCCUCCCUCCCUUCCUUCACAGAAACCCCAUUUACCAUCUUCAUCGAUUCAAUCACUUUCUUACGUCGGAUGUAAAAAAAAGCCCCAUAAAAUUACAGACAUCAUGGUGGUGGUGGGUUUUUAACUCCCAUUGCCUUCUUUUGCAGCGUGCCAAGAAGGAAUUUAAUUUGGAUUUUUGGAUAUAAUAUUUCUUGGCCCUGCAAAGUUUUCCUCCAUAUUUUGUGUGAUCAAUGGGGAUAUCGCGUGACAAUGUUCAUGGACUCACUCUUGCGGUUUCUUCAAGCAUUUUCAUUGGCACUAGUUUUAUCAUCAAGAAGAAAGGUCUUAAAAAGGCCGGCGCUACAGGAACCAGAGCAGGAUUAGGAGGGUAUACGUACUUGUAUGAACCCUUGUGGUGGGCUGGGAUGAUAGCAAUGAUUGUUGGGGAGAUAGCUAACUUUGCGGCUUAUGCAUUUGCUCCGGCAAUUCUCGUAACUCCCUUGGGAGCUUUAAGUAUUAUUGUCAGUGCAGUGCUUGCUCAUUUUGUUUUGAAGGAAAAAUUGCAUUUUGGUGUGCUUGGUUGUGUUCUUUGCGUGGUGGGUUCUGUAAGUAUUGUAUUGCAUGCUCCACAAGAGAAACCAAUAUAUUCCGUUAAGCAAGUAUGGCAUCAUGCUACGCAGCCAGGUUUCAUCAUCUACACAUGUAUAGUAUUGAUUCUGGUUGCUGUCCUCAUUGUCCGAUAUGUGCCACGCUACGGGCAAACCCACAUGAUCGUCUAUGUUGGUAUCUGUUCACUCAUGGGAUCUCUUACGGUUAUGAGUGUGAAGGCAGUGGGAAUAGCUCUGAAGCUGACGUUUUCCGGAACAAAUCAAUUUAAAUUCUUCGAGACUUGGAUUUUUGUGUUGAUAGUGACAGUAUGCUGUCUUUUUCAGAUCAACUACUUAAACAAGGCUCUUGACACGUUUAACACUGCCGUCAUAUCUCCAGUCUACUACGUUAUGUUCACAAUAUUCACCAUUCUUGCCAGUGUGAUCUUGUUCAAGGACUGGGAGUCACAAAAUGGAUCACACAUAGUGACUGAACUGUGUGGUUUCAUCACUAUAUUAUCCGGUACAUUUCUCCUUCACAAAACAAAGGACAUGGGAAAUGAUCCACCCAAGGAACCCUCCGGAUUCAAAAGUCCGAGCCACUUAGAUUCAUCCUCGAAUUCCUGAUAGCCGCGCCGCAGAUGGUGAAGUUUAUGCACUGGUACGGUAUCAGGUUGCAGUUUGUUGUUUGUAGGGACUCCCCCAUACUUGAGUCUCCAUUUGUUUUUCCUUUUUCUUGAACAUGUUUUCUUGUAUGGUUAAAUAAGAUUUACAGCAGUUUGGGGGAAUUUGUUACUGAUGAAAUUAAAUUACAGGAAAUGAUGAAAUUUAUAAAUUCUUUUAGUGAAGAAAA